AUGAUGAAUGCUGUGUAUCCUUACACUAGAAUUUCUCUCACAGGUACCUGUAACUUUGACAAUGGGUUCUGUACCUGGACGAAUGCCAAGACUGGUGACCAGUUUGACUGGACACUGGGGUCUAGUAGCACGUCUAGCUCAUUUAUGACUGCCUUCUCUGACCACACCAGUACCAAGGGACAAUAUGCCUACCUAGAGUCCUCCAACCCCAACCAUCCUGGUUACGAUGCCAAGCUCGUGAGUGAGAGUUUAAGUGCUCACACCCAUAAGUGUAUGUACUUCUGGUAUAAUGUCUACGGCAGCAACAUUGGUAAGCUGCGUGUGUGGAGCAGCACUGCCACCAGUAACCCGAAUCCUCUCUGGGAGAUUUCUGGCAGCAUGCAG